AUGCACUUCCUCCGCGCUCAGUACCUGCUUAUAACCCUGAUGGGUCUAGCUUUCUCCCCCGUCUUUUGUAUACAAAAGUUGGAAUCUACAGCUCUCGCCAGCUGCCAGGAAAACUCUCGCUUCUCCGCCAGUUUAUUCAACGUCGUCUUCACCCCCAACAACAACUCGGCGAGCUUCCAAAUCGUCGCCACGUCCACCGUCGAGAACUACGUCACCUUUGACAUUCGCGCCUACGCAUACGGCUACCAGAUUCUCCAGAGGGUCGUGGACCCGUGCCAGCUCGACGUGGGACUCUGCCCGAUGCAGGCCAGCAGGCUCACCAACAAAUUCAACCAAAAGGUCGAUCCUGCCUUCGUCAAAGACCUGCCGGGCUUGGCGUACAGUGUGCCCGACCUGGACGCUUCCGUCAGAGUCUUCAUCAACGUGACGGGGACCAACGAGUCCAUCGCCUGCCUCGAGGCCAAGAUAUCCAAUGGGAAAACGGUCAACCAGCUGGCCGUGAAGUGGCUUACUGCCGUCAUUGCCGGUCUGGCCUUGACCGCGUCGGCGGUAAUACACUUCCUGGGUCAAUUCAAUGCCGCUGCUCAUCUUGCCGCCAACGCCCUCUCCCUGUUUGGCUAUUUCCAGGGCCAGGCUGCCCUCGGGUUAAUGGCCGUCCACCUGCCUCCCAUUGUCCAGUCUUGGACACAGAAUUUCCAGUGGUCCAUGGGCAUUAUCCGCGUCGGCUUCUUACAGACCAUUGCGACGUGGUAUCAGCGCGCCACGGGAGGCACACCGGCUACGUUAUUGGAUUCCCUGGCGAGCGUUUCUGUUUCUGUUCAGAAACGCAGUGCGCAUGUGAGACGCAAAGAGGACGAGUCGGGCAUGCACAUUGUCCGUGGUAUUGAGAGGGUUGCUUUUCUCUCCAACAUCGAGACGACAAACCUGUUUCUGACAGGGGUCAUGUUCUUCGUCAUCUUCGUCUUCGGUACUGUUAUUGCCGUCGCGGGCUUUAAGGGCGUUUGCCAGCUCCUCGUCCAAAAGGGAAUAAUGAAAUCCCAUCGGUUCACCGACUUCCGCCGGGACUGGCGUGUGAUCCUAAAGGGAGUUCUUUACCGGGUGGCCCUCAUUGGCUUUCUGCAGAUGGCGACCCUUUCACUCUGGGAGCUCACGCGCGUCGACUCGGGAGCUGAAGCGGCUUUGGCAGUUUUGUUCCUGGUCGGUCUCACUGGGUUCCUCGGCUGGGGAGCUUUUAUGGUCAUUAGAACUGCGCAACGUUCGGUCGCCGUGUACCAAAACCCUGCGUACAUCUUGUACUCUGAUUCACGGGUGCUCAGCAAAUUGGGCUUCUUAUACAUUCAAUUCCGGGCAUCAGCUUAUUACUUCGUUAUCCCUUACCUCGGAUAUAUCAUGUUAAAGUCGCUGUUUAUUGCGCUUGCUCAGCCAAGGGGCGUUGUGCAAGCUGUCGCGUUGCUAGUGAUUGAAGCUGCUGCUGUCAUCAGCGCAUCAGUCAUGCGGCCGUGGAUGGAUAAGCCGACUAAUUCUUUUAAUAUCGCUAUUUGCGUAGUCAACUUUCUUAACGCAAUAUUCCUUUUUAUAUUUACUAAUGUCAUUGGCGUGCCAGGAGUCGUUGUCGGCGUGUUUGGGGUUGUCUUGUUUGCUCUCAACGCUGUUUUCGCCUGCGUCUUGUUGAUUAUGGUGAUUGUGUCAACGACCUUGAUAAUGCUGAGAAAGAACCCGGAUGCGCGCUAUCGUCUCAUGGCUGAUGACCGCGCCUCAUUUAUGAAGUCAGAAAUUAACCUGGACACCGUCAAAGAGUUGGACGCAUUAGCAGCUACGGCUCGAGGUGACAAAUCUCGAUCAUCUCUUCAGCUCGGACAAAAGCGGUCGCAGUCGCCUAUUGCACCAUCUGUGCCGCUUUUACCCGCAAGCAGCAGUCGAUUAAACUCGUCUCAAUCUGCGUUAUCGACACACACGAGUUAA